GUGAUAAAAUCCUGCCAACUUAUUUAAUUUUAUUCAACUUACAUAAAAAAAUCCGUCCUUAUAAAUAUUACUUCCACAAUGCUUAAACAACCAACACACAUUUUAUCAGCUGAUCUCUAAGUAUUCUUUCUAUCAUCUGUGUCUAACCCCACAUAAAUCCUACAGGUUUUGUGCUAUGGCACAACUGCCAACUUCCCUAGUAUUUACAAUUCGAAGAAGCGAAGCCGAGCUUGUUGCUCCGGCCAAGGCCACACCUCGCGAGUAUAAACUAUUAUCCGACAUUGAUGAUCAACAGAGUCUCCGGUUCCAGAUUCCUGUCAUUCAAUUUUAUCGGUGCAAUCCAUGCAUGCAAGGGAAGGACCCUGCAAGGGUUAUUAAGGAUGCACUUGCACAAACCUUAGUUUUUUAUUAUCCAUUAGCUGGUAGGCUAAGGGAAGGUCGUAAUCGCAAGCUUGCGGUGGAUUGCACCGGCGAGGGUGCCUUGUUUAUUGAGGCUGAAGCUGAUGUUAAACUCGAGCAAUUUGGCGAUGCACUUCAACCGCCAUUCCCUUGCUUUGAUGAGCUCCUUUACAAUGUUCCGGGCUCAGAAGGGAUGUUGAAUUGCCCCUUGCUAUUAAUUCAGGUAACAAGACUGAAAUGUGGAGGUUUCAUCUUUGCCAUUCGCCUCAACCAUGUCUUAGCCGAUGGUGCUGGCAUGAUUCAAUUCAUGUCUGCCAUGGCUGAGAUGAGUCGUGGUGCAAUUGCUCCCUCAAUCCCACCCAAGUGGGAGAGGCACCUCUUAGAUGCUCGUGAUCCACCACGAAUCUCAUUCACGCACCGUGAGUACGAUGAAGUAGAAGGCACUAUCAUCCUAUCGGAAAACAUGGUUCAACGCUCCUUUUUCUUUGGCCCCAAAGAAGUUUCAACUCUUCGCAAGCUGCUACCGCACCACCUUCGUAAGUGUUCGAAAUUUGACAUCUUAGCAUCGUGUUUAUGGCGUUGUCGAACCAUUGCUAUAAAACCUGACCCUGAUGAAGAGGUGCGAUUGCUAUGCGUUGUCAAUGUACGUUCCAAGUUGAAUCCUCCAUCACCGUCAGGAUUUUAUGGGAAUGCAAUUGUGUUCUCAGCGGCAAUAACAACAGCUAGAAAACUCUGCCAGAAUCCGCUAGGAUAUGCAGUGGAACUAGUGAAGCAAGCAAAGGAGAGUGUGACCGAAGAAUACGUUAAAUCAGCAGCAGAUUUCAUGGUGAUUAAAGGUAAAAGACUCCACUAUACAAUGGUGAGAUCUUGUGUUAUAUCAGAUGUAACCCGUGUUGCAUUUGUAGACGUUGAUUUUGGGUGGGGUAAGGCAGUUUAUGGUGGGUUGGCCAAAGCUGGGAUAGGUGCUAUACCUGGGGCAUUAAGCUUUCUUGUAGCAUCCAAGAAUAAAAAUGGAGAGGCUGGAACUCUUAUGCUAAUUUGUUUGACAGCUCCAGCUAUGGAAAGAUUUUCCAAGGAAUUGGAUAACAUGUCGAAGGAGCAGCCAGCUGAUGAAAUGGGUAAAUCAGUUUCUAUUUCAUCUACUUUGUAAAAGAACAAAAGAAAUAUAGUGUAGAAGAGAAAAAAUCGAGAUAUGAAGAGAGAAUGUGUCGUGUGGUGUUGUAGUCGGAAACUAGCUUGUUAAUUCUAAGAAGCAACUGGUGACUUGCUUGUGGGUUAAAACUUAAAAUUCUAAAUUUUUUUUUUAGGAAAAUCUUUAAGUGUGUUUGCAUUACGUGUCAUAUAAGUUUGAUUUAAUUUUAUAUUAAAGUUAUCUAAUUAUAUGUUAAAUCUUUUGCUGGUUUGGUUUA